AUGGACCUAUUCAAAUACACUGAAUGCCUCUCGCAGUGGCCCAGCCAUUUGGCUCCGGGCCUGCCGGCCAUCGGCGCGCUGCUCCUGCUCGGAACUGGUGGGCUGGUCGUUGGGUGCAAGGUCUGGUCGUUCUUACGGAUGCUUCUCAGCUUGUUUGUGCUUCCUGGUAAACCGCUUCGCUCCUUCGGUCCCCCCGGUAGCUGGGCUGUCGUGACCGGCGCCUCGGACGGUCUCGGCAAGGAGUUCGCGCUGCAGCUAGCCCGCGCCAAGUUCAACAUUGUCCUGGUGUCUCGAACGGAAUCGAAGUUGGUUGCUCUGGCGGAGGAAAUCACAAAGCAGUUCCCCAAUGUUGAGACCAAGACCCUGGCCAUGGACUUCUCGCGCAACGCGGACGCAGACUACAAGGCGUUGAAUGCUCUGGUCUCUGACCUAGAUGUCUCCAUCCUGGUCAACAACGUCGGCCAGAGCCACUCUAUUCCCGUUCCAUUUGUGCAGACCUCCGCGGAGGAGAUGGCUAAUAUCAUCACCAUCAACUGCCAUGGUACGCUUCGUGUCACCCAGCUUGUUGCGCCGGGCAUGAUGCAGCGUCGCCGCGGUCUUGUCUUGACCAUGGGCUCGUUCGGUGGCCUCCUUCCUACCCCUCUUUUAGCCACCUACUCUGGGAGCAAGGCCUUCCUGCAGCAGUGGUCUACUGCUCUGGGCCACGAGCUUGCUCCCUACAACAUCGACGUGGAGCUUGUCCAGGCUUAUCUGAUUACCUCCGCCAUGUCUAAGAUCCGCCGCGCUACUGCAUCCAUUCCCACUCCCCGCGCCUUUGUUCGGGCCGUGCUCUCCAAAAUUGGCCGGAGCGGUGGCACCUCCUACGCCUACAGCUCUUCCCCUUACUGGAGUCACGGUGUCAUGGCUUGGUUCCUGACCUCUGUUACUUCGCCCUUUAACCGCUUCGUGGUCUCUCAGAACGGAGCUAUGCAUGAAUCUAUUCGCAAGCGUGCGCUGCGCAAGGCUGAGCGGGAGGCUCAGAAGAAGAGCACGUGA